AUGGUCAUCUUGACAUCAAUUCGCAAGUCUCCAGCUUAUCUUUACGCCAAAACGUACUGCCUCUGCGCAUUGGUCUCCCUCGUCCAAACAACGCCCAUAUCAUCACGAUUCCGAGCAGCUAAUAAGACAACACCAACGCGGGUUAAAAAUGGAAAGCCGUUGACAUCCCCAAUAACUCCGGACGCUAUAAAACAGGUCCUUCCCGAUGAGUCGAAAAAGACUUUGUUAUCGAAGAAGGCGGCACGUAUUGUUGACCGAUGGUAUGCCAGAGUUGUCGACUUGGCUUCAUUGAAGACCUCACUAAAACGGGAUGGAAUGGAUGUCGCGACGUAUCCUGAGUUAAAAUGGGAUGCGGAAGUCCGCCAUGGCUCAUCUUUGCACCCCGAAGAGCGAAAUUUUAUUGAGUUACGAAAGCUGAGGAUCUCAUCUCAAGGUGAGGACUCAUUGCAUCACUUUCUCGAUCUUCCACCAGACGAGGAAGUCGACCCCAGAGAUGUUCCCCUCAUCUCCUUAGGUGGCUCAGGUGGCGGCUACAGGGCUAUGUACGGCUUCACAAGCUUCAUAACCGCUGCUAAGAAGUCGGGCUUAUGGGAUUGCAUCACCUGGACUGCUGGAGUAAGUGGGAGCUGUUGGACGAUAGCAGCGUACUACACCAUUGCCCGGCACGAUAUUUCCAAGCUUGUCGAUCAUUACAUGACUGUAGCAAGUGAAAUCGCGCAUCCGAUUAGCAUAUACGCUCUUGACAAAGUUGCGCGAAGUAAGAGAGGCACAUACUUUCUGAUCGGCCCUCUUGUGAGCAAAGCCCAGAAGAGCAUCAUUGGGUUGAGUGUCAUGGAUCUUUACUCUACACUCACAGCAACAUAUCAGCUUUUAUCGCGGGAACCGAAAGGAAGAUUGAGUAGAGCCACAUUCCAAUGGUCUAAGAUUUGGCAAAGGUCGGGAAUCACCAAGGCGCUUGAGCCAAUGCCUAUUCUCGCUGCUGUCAGACGUGUCCCGAGAUACUCAUACGAAACCAAGACCAUUUCUGCUAAGGCCAUGACUAUCCAGAACGAUACCACCGCAAGGGACUCGAAUGUUAUACACGGUGCCUCCGAGGCCAAGUCCAAGACCAGUUCCAUGAAGUUUUUCCAGUACUUUGAGAUUUCACCUUUAGAGAUAGGCAGCCCAGAUCUGAAUCGAUACGUGCCCACUUGGUCAUGGGGACGUACGUUCGUUUCCGGUCAUUCGGUCGACCGCCGCCCGGAGCAAUCCUUUUCACUCUUACUUGGGCAAUGUACCAGUGCACCAGCGGGGCCGUUGACCGAGUGUAUCAAGGCUCUACAAGUCUCAAUCCCCAAAGAUACGAUAAUGGCACGUUUGGUAGCGAUUUUCAACAGAUUUUUACAGUCAAAGCAAUUGGAAGGCCUCUGGGGAAACCCAAUUCGAGCAGGACACGAUCCGAAUCCAUUCUAUGGACUUGAGAAACCUGUCAUGGCAAGAGAACAUACUUCCGAGCAUUCUUCGUACAGAUCACGAGUGACUGAGACUGAGGUUACGAGUAGAAGGAGCCUCAUGACCAUGACUGGCAGUUCAGCCGUUCAUCUUCCACCAUGGGAAGCGCAAGGCCGUACAAGACUGAUGGACUGUGGAAUGGCCAAUAACCUUCCCAACCAUGUCCUCGCGAGAUCUCAAAGAGGCGUCGACAUUUUCAUUUCUUUUGACUCGUCAUCCGACGUGCAGACUGGAGCAGCUGUGCAGCGCCUCCAUCAUUUCGCUGCCGACUUUGACUUUGAACUACAAGAAGAAACUCAAGUCUUUCACAGUCCGAGGAAGAACAUCGACUUGGUUUCAGAUGAUGGUCUAGAAAUCGAGUCACGGUAUCUCAACCAAUAUGCCAGAGUCUUCCGGGGUAUAAGAGAGAGUGGGCAAAUCGUUUAUAUCAUUUAUUGUCCACUCUUGCCGAAUGGCGUCAACCCAAACUUCAACCCUUCGACGGCUUCCUUCUCGACCUCAACAAACCUCAUGUGGACACCAGAUCAAGUCCAAAGCGUAGUCACGACAGCUGAAGCGAACAUCACAAAUUAUGCUUUGGAUACCAUAAAACGAGUAGUCAAAAAGGUUUAUCAAGACAAAAAGGCGCAGAGACAGGCGUUAGAGGCUUUGGAUUAA